CCAGCACUUAACCCAACCAAUUAGUGCCACUUCCAGCUUAAUUAAUCCAUUUGUUUAUAUCUCCCUCCUCCUCCUCCUCUCUCUCUCUCUCUCUCUCUCUACGACUCCCACCUCCACCUCCGCCAUCCCAAUCCGAUCUCCCGCGAGCUCCAGAUCCACCUCCCGGGUCGCCGCCGAGCUCGCCGCGGCCACCUCCUCGCCGGAAUCGGCCGCUCGCGAGCUCCAGCCCGGUGCCCGUUUUCGCGCCAUUCGUGCGUGCGAGCUAGCGAGCUAAGCUCCAAGAGCUGCGCCUCCUGCGCUGCGGUGAGGUGCGGCGCUGUGUGAGUCCUCUCGCAUUGGGCUUCUGGUUGCUCGGAUAGCUUGGGAAGGUGUCACCUUGUUAGUUCCCUCAAAUUUCAUUGGGCCCUGGUGUAGUAACUUCACAUCAUAAUUACCAGAGUUUGAUUACUUUGAUGGUGGUAACUUCUAGAUGAUCUGAACAUAUGGAGAGGAGAUAGAAGUGUCUUGAGUGUUGCAGUAGGACAGCAAGGACAUGACUGUCAUGCCAUCUCUGCGCCACCGGGCUGUCGCCAAGAAGCCCAAAUGGAUAAUCAUUCUUGUGUCACUGGUUUGUUUUGUAUUGAUUGGGGCAUAUGUUUUCCCACCACGGCGGUAUUCGCAAUGCUACCUCUUCGGUUCUGGUGCAUGCGCAACUUUCAAGGAUUGGCUCCCAUCUGUAACCCGCAGGGAGCGGACUGAUGAGGAGAUCAUUUCAUCUGUAGUUCUUAGGGAUAUCCUUGCAAUGCCCAUGCCAGUGUCGAAAAAUCCAAAGAUCGCUCUUAUGUUCCUGACACCUGGUACACUGCCCUUUGAGAAAUUAUGGGAAAAGUUUUUACAGGGUCAGGAGGGAAGAUACUCCAUCUAUGUUCAUGCAUCACGUGAAAAGCCUGUACAUACUAGUUCUUUGUUUGUUGGUCGUGAUAUUCACAGUGACGCGGUAGUAUGGGGAAAGAUUUCAAUGGUUGAUGCAGAGAAGAGACUAUUGGCCAAUGCACUGGCAGAUGUUGAUAACCAGUUCUUUGUGUUGCUUUCUGACAGCUGUGUUCCACUGCAUACAUUUGAUUAUGUCUAUAAUUAUCUGAUGGGAACAAAUAUCAGCUUCAUUGAUUGUUUCCGUGAUCCUGGCCCUCAUGGAAACGGGAGGUAUUCUCCUGAGAUGCUCCCUGAAAUUGAGGAGAAAGACUUCAGGAAGGGUGCCCAGUGGUUUGCAAUUACACGAAGACAUGCUCUACUGAUUCUGGCAGACAGCCUUUACUACAAAAAGUUCAAGUUGUACUGCAAGCCAGCAGACGGACGCAACUGUAUUGCAGAUGAGCAUUACUUACCAACCUUAUUCAACAUGGUAGAUCCUGGUGGAAUUGCUAAUUGGUCAGUUACACAUGUUGAUUGGUCUGAGGGAAAAUGGCAUCCGAGGUCAUAUAGAGCUGCAGAUGUCACCUACGAUCUCUUAAAGAAUAUAACAGCUGUUGAUGAAAAUUUCCAUGUAACAAGUGAUGACAAAAAACUUAUGACACAGAAGCCAUGCUUAUGGAAUGGAUCGAAGAGACCAUGCUAUCUUUUUGCUAGGAAGUUCUACCCUGAAACUCUUGACAACCUACUGAAGCUAUUCACCAGCUAUACAUCUGUUUGAGCUCCAUCAAAUUCUUUGUCCUUGGCAUAUGGUCUCAAAAUCCCAUGGGCUUUUUUUUGCUGUUUCUGUAAAUUGCAAAAUCAAUACCUAGACUCUUACACAUGGAUCUGGACCUAGAGACUACAAGACUACACACGCAGAUCGUCAUCGCAGCAACUGUGACGGCUUGGAGUUCUUAGUCACUGGGAAGGGCUGUGGCGAAAUUUGUAGCAAUGACACUGCCCUCACUGUAAUUUAUUGUGCUCUCUGUAAUUUUUCCAUUGAUGGUUCUUAGUCCAUUGACUCCAUUCCUGUUGAAGAACAGAUAAUUUUCCAUUUUGUCAUACCAUUAUUAUAUGAUCCAUUUUUUAUAUAGUCAGAUAACAAGAGAAGUACCUCAUCCUAUUUUUGCCA